AAUUAUUAUUAUGAAAAUGAAAAAUUACAAUUUUCAUUUUUCAUUAAACAAUAAACAUCUUAAAUAAAUUAUUUAUUUAUUUGUCUGAAUCGAUUUUAGUUUAGUAUUUCAUAGUUCGGACUUCAUAGUUUCGUAGCCUCAAUAUACGCACACAAUAUCCAACAUGUACUGUCUUCAAUGGUUGAUACCCGUGCUACUAAUACCAAAACCACUGAAUCCUGCACUAUUGCAGACGCAUGUCAUGUUCAUGGUUCUAUACUUGACUGGAUUCUUUUUGGAACGGAAGCCGUGCACCAUAUGCAGCAUAGUGUUCUUAGUAGCAGUGUUCCUGAUAUGUUACAGCGGGUACGGCAAUUGUAUAUUCUUCAGCAGCAACUGUGAUUCUGUACAGUGUGAUAACGGUUAAGGAGAAGACGUCAGGAGCCGCGCAUAUACCAUACCCAAACGGAUACACCACUCUAGUGUUUAGGAAUAUUUAUUUUAUUUUUUGUUUAUUUUUUAUUUUUAUGAAAUCAAUUACUUAAGUUGACCAAAAUUAAGUUUAUGUAAAAAAAAAAAAUGUACAACUCAAAUCUCUUGCCACAUUUUAUUUAUGUAGCUUGUAAUAAGUGGAUUUUGGCACUUUUUACUAUUUGGUUUAUUGAAAUAUAGACUUGUAUAUACAAUUUUA